CCUGCCAGAUUGAUUGACCUUUGAAAUGGUAGUCACCCUCCUGCUUAACAUUCAUGUUGGGUUUGGUUCAGCUGCUGUUUCCAAUAUUUCCUAGAAGGAUGUGAUUAGUACUAGUCGAAGACAUUUUCUAUAGAUGUUUCACCAAGCAAACGACAGCCAACUGAAGUGGUGGUCAUGUUCAAGAUGCUAAAGCAUGGAGGAAUUAAAGCCAUGGAGCUAAUCUGCCACCAAUGUGAAGGUACAUCAUGAUCCUGUCUCGGUAGACCUAACAAUUUUGCCACCAAUGAACACAGGAAGCUUGAUGAGAUGAUGGACAGAACAAUUAACAUCAUGCUCGUAGGAGAGCAUCUCGAUGGCCUGGGCACACGCAGCAUCGAGUCAAAGUUCGAUGAUGCAGCUCGAAGGCAGUGUGAGAUAGCUGGGUUCAGGUACGGAGGGACAUGUGAAGGAAGGAGAAUGACAGUGUUCACCUUGGAGUUAGGCUGGAAACCAUAGCUAAGAUCUUCAAAUAUUAGGGAAGUGACAUCUCUCAAUCUCAAUCUCUUCAUGGUUCCUUGGCAAUCGAGCUUUUCUCACCUCAAGAUCUUCUAAGAAUAUGUGGAUGAUUUCCUUGGACUAAACAUUCCUGUGCUAACAUGAAUCUUUGACAUUUACAGUGAUGCAGGAGCUAAGAAUGGCCAGCGUGCGUAUAUACAGAUCAAAUCGAAGAAACAGUGAUUUUGAUGUCUAGCAUUUGUCGUCAUGCUUUGAUGAAGAUUGAUGCUUCGCAAUGGGAUGUCACCUACUGGGAUAUGGCGGAUCAAAUCUCGAUCCCAAGAACACCAGGUUCUGCAUCAAAGUGUUUGCUGGUUGCCGCAAACCACACAGUAAAGCUUAUAAGCAUUUGGUCGGCUCCUCUUGCAGAAAAAGCCUUAUUCCAUGACUCACCCACCUUCUUCGAAUGAAUCACCGGAUCAGCCAAGCAAAGAAUACUCUGUCUCGUCAUCGCACAGUGAUUUGUUCUUGGCAUCGUCAUGGCUCACACGAUAACCAAAUCUGCGAUUUAGUGAAAGGGAGAUUUAAGUAUCUUCUUCCUCAUUUCCUUUUAUGGGAAUUCGAGAUGUGGCCAUGGCGGAGCCAAGUCUUUGCCUUCGGAUACCUUCACAGCGUCGCCAAUCUUGAUCGGGCAGGAACAGUAUGCCGAGGGGAUGCUAUUCCGAGGGGCCAUCUUUGGCUCCACGAACGCCCAAAGGCUACUUAACAGCAGCUUCACACAUGCAAAUAAAUGAGAGAGGCGAAAGGGACUUUCUCUUAUCUCGCGCGUGGAAGCAUCCUCAAGCCUUCCUCACCUUUCUUCAUCCAUUGCUAGAGAUGUUGUUCUUGCAGAAUUCGACGUGCCGCAAACGGACAAGGUUUUCGAGCGUCUAUGUCAUCUCUUUCACAUCAGCAGCACAAAUUGCAGGGACUACAGAUGCAUUUUAUCCACGCGAAAAAAAAAAUCCUUAUCUACAUAGCCGGCUAUCCAAGAUAAAAAGAGGCAUCAAGAACUGACCGGCAGCAUCAAAGAUUUGAUUGCAACCGAUGUAGCGAUGCCGGUGGUGGUGUACGGGUAUGGACAGAUUGGAAGAUUCUUUGUUCUUCCCUUCUCGGCAGCAGCUGGCUUAUCUCUUCCGAUCAUACCUUUCAGAGAUACCCAAGUCAAAGGAUAAGAGGAAGGAAAAGCUUAGUACAAUUUGUAACGUGGCCUCCAUGAUGCAACCUCAAGGUUCUUCAACAGCAGCAGCUCAUCUCUCUCUCUCUCUCUCUCUCUCUCUCUCUCUCUCUCUCUCUCAAAUGUAGGAUGGUGAAGCAGCAGAUGCGGAUAGAAUUCCCUGUGUCUGCACCACAGAGACGCCGUACGGCCCGUUGCUUUCGCUGGUUUUGGCCCUCUGUUUCUUUUCCAUGGAUUAAGCAUCGUCACUUUAGGAUUGGCAUGCACAAACCGAAGCUUUCGCUUGAAGUCUAGCAUGGGUUUUGCAGAGAGGUCAUACUGUCGAUGCAAGGCUGGCAUGUCUCUGAUGUAGCUUGGUCUGCUUGUUGGUGCGGAAGAAACAUUGUCUGCAUUCAGUAAACCUACAUGACAUUCAUCUUACAAAAUGCUCGAGACAUACAAGUCAAUGCUUCUCAUCAUGUCUUUCCGCUUUCAUGUUAGGAAACAACGAGUGAAGCUUGGAAGACUGGAGGGGAGCAAAAGCAGGAUAUCAUAGGACACGGUUUCGCCAAACAGCAAAGCUUAUUCUCUUCCAUGUAUGUAACCUUCAAAAAGGUCUGCAGGAGUCGUCAGCUAAUGAGAAAAGAGAUAAUUCAUACUUCCUGGCAUCGGAAACUGAUGCCUGCCUUAUCUGUUCAUCUCGGCUCGAAGAAAGUACACAACCCAACUUGAUCUACACACUAGUAGAAAGAUACUACUGUCCCUUUCGGAUCAUUGCAGUGAGAGCAUGCAUCAUCAAAUAUCUACCGAUCAUGACUAGAAUUGUUCCAAACCGAUCGACUUUUCUUCCUAUAUAAACACCAACGUCAGACAGCACAAGUCAAGUUCAAGUCUUCUGAGGUAAGCCACAAGCAUUACAUCAAAGGAUGGACAAGGUGAUGAAGCUGGCGUCGCAACGGGCGGUGGUGGUCUUCAGCCGGAGCAACUGCUGCUUCUGCUACAGCGUGAAGAGCCUGUUCCAUGAGCUCGGCGUCAGCGCUGCCGUCCACGAGCUCGACGAGGACCCGAGCGGGCCGGAAAUGGAGAAGGCCCUCGCCAGGCUGCUGGGGCGCAAGCCGCCGGUGCCGGCCGUGUUCAUCGGCGGCCAGCUGGUUGGGUCCACGGAGAAGAUCAUGACGCUGCACCUGGGUGGGGAUCUGGUGCCGCUGCUGAGAGAUGCUGGAGCUCUGUGGCUCUGAGGAUGAUUACAUACCGUGUGUUGGUUCUCAUGUCUCCUUCCUUUCCUCCUCCUCCUCCUCCUGUUCUUGCUGUUGCUGCCUGUAAUGUGCGAGUAAUAAUGCAGAGUCGUCUUCUUCAA